AUGCUUAAAUUAACUUCCAGAGUGGGUCCAAAGAGACUCUCAUGUGGAUUAAAAUCAUCUACUUUAAAAGUGAGUCCAACAUUGCUUUCUAAAAAGUUUCAAUCUACGCUCAACUCUAAACCUAAUGAGGUGUACACCAAGCUUUCUGAUUCCGAAGAUCCAAAAAGACACCAGUUUUUCCAAUAUACGUGGGGUUCGUGGAUGAAAAAUGAUCAAUCAGAAAAAUCUAAAAGAGAAACCAAAUUUUCUAUUGAAGGUAUAACAAAAUUAUUGCAAGACUUGAAUGUCGAACUGAAAAAUCCAAGAAACAUUGACAAGAGUGGCCAACCUUUUGUCAAAGCUCCCAGUCAAAUAAAAGAUGGAUCAUAUGUAUUGACUCAAAACUUAACUUCAAACUUAAUCGGUAAGGAUGACUCAUUAUUGGUUAAAUCCAUUGUUAGUAUCCAUGAAGGUAAGCAUAACAGAAUCUAUAAAGUUACGUUAUCCACUGGAAAGGAAUUAGUGUUGAGAAUUCCAUAUAAGUUAGAAUCCGAAUACUCAAUUUCACAAAAGAUUAAAAGUGAGGUUGCAACUAUGGAUUUCUUAAAUUUAAAAUUGGGUGCAAAUGUUCCUAAGGUUGUUGCUUAUGGCGCUAACAAAGUGAAUUCCUUACAAAGUCCAUUUAUUUUAAUGGAGUUUAUUGAAGGUGAUUUAUUGAUGAAAAACUGGGACCCAUUAGUAGCUGAUGAAACAGAAGGAUCUCAAGAAAAAUUGAAAUCCGUUAUUGAACCAAUUGCCGCAUUCCAAGAGAAGCUACUUUCAAUCACAUUCAAUAAAUUCGGAUCAUUGUACUUUAAUGACGAUGUAAGCGUUUCUGAUCAAUCUACGUUACCAUACAACGGUGAGGAAAAUCCAUUACUCACAAAGAGAUGGAGAAUUGGACCAAGUGUUGAAAAAUCGUUUUCAAAAAAUAAGAAUCAAUUAUCUGAAAAGGAAAUUAAUCAAUAUAAUAAGUCUAUUGAUUCUGAUAAGCCAUUGGAAACUAUCUCAUCUGUUGCAGGAAUUGAAUUAGAAAAUCUAAGAAAUAGAUUAGCUUUGGCACAAGCAGAUUCAGCUAGUAAAGUUGAAGAUGUCGAUUUAAUUCAGAAAAUGAUCAGUACCUUUGAACAUUUGAAUACAAUGAGUUCAAAAUUAUUCAACCCUAAAUCUAAAUCUCUUAUGAAUGCUGAAGAAUUAUUUAAACCAAGAUUAUACUGUCCAGAUUUGGAUCCGUUGAAUGUGAUACUUAAUUCCAAUAAGAAUAACGAGCCAUAUUUCGUUGACUUUGAAUACACCUCCAUCAAGCCAUUUAUUUUAUCUAGUUACCCAGCAUUUGUCGGUUACCAGGGUGCUAAGAUCUAUAAUUUGGAAGAAGAUAUUCCAGGUUACAAGGAAAUGGAUGAAGUUGAAAAGCAGCAAUACCAAUUUAUGUAUUAUAAGACCAGAAAUGAAAGAUUAUGGGAGCUUGAAUUGAACUCAAGAAGACAUGAUUUGAUUGCCGUCGCUUCUCCACACGUUAAAGUUUUAAAGAGCCCUUACGUCCAAGCCUUGGAUUUCAAGAAUGAUAAAGAUUACUUGUAUAUCGAAGGCUCUAUUGUCCAAUUACAAGCAAUGUGGGAAGCGUACGUUGCUAAUGAAUUGUGCAAUGCUACUGAAACCAAAUUUCCAAUCGACUUCACAGCCGAAUACUUAGAUGAACACCAAAAGGACAUAGAAAAUUAUCAAAUGGAAAUUGUGUCCACUCCAUUUGCUGCUACUGGUGGAUGGGUUCCUCAAGAUAUGUUCGAUAGCUUGGCAGAACAAGGAAUAAUUGUUAAAACUGAGGAUGGUGAUUUCAAAGUGGAAACAGAAAAUGUUUUGAAGGAAUCUGAACAAGAAUCCUCAUAG